GUCGGGGCGGGGCCGAGGCACUGCAGUGAAAGCCGAGGCCGCGGACGGGCGAGCAGGGGGCGGGCGGACAUCUUGGGAUUCCGAGAGUGGCUAGGCCUGCCGAGGAGGGGGCCGCUGGCGCCAGGUCUGUUCUCAGAGCGAUGGGCUACAGAGACUGAGCUGCCGCCAUGAUUGGAGGCUUAUUCAUCUAUAAUCACAAAGGGGAGGUGCUCAUCUCCCGGGUCUACAGAGAUGACAUCGGGAGGAAUGCAGUGGAUGCCUUCCGGGUCAAUGUUAUUCAUGCACGGCAGCAGGUGCGCAGCCCUGUCACAAACAUCGCUCGUACCAGUUUCUUCCAUGUUAAGCGGUCCAACAUCUGGCUGGCAGCUGUCACGAAGCAAAAUGUCAAUGCUGCCAUGGUCUUCGAAUUCCUCUAUAAGAUGUGUGAUGUAAUGGCCGCUUAUUUUGGCAAGAUCAGCGAGGAAAACAUCAAGAACAAUUUUGUGCUCAUAUAUGAGCUGCUGGAUGAGAUCUUGGACUUUGGCUACCCACAGAACUCAGAGACAGGCGCAUUGAAGACUUUCAUUACUCAGCAGGGCAUCAAGAGUCAGCAUCAGACAAAAGAAGAGCAGUCUCAGAUCACCAGCCAGGUGACGGGGCAGAUUGGCUGGCGGCGGGAAGGCAUCAAGUAUCGCCGGAAUGAGCUCUUUCUGGAUGUUCUGGAGAGUGUAAACCUGCUAAUGUCCCCACAGGGGCAGGUGCUGAGUGCCCAUGUGUCAGGCCGGGUCGUAAUGAAGAGUUACCUGAGUGGCAUGCCUGAGUGCAAGUUUGGGAUGAAUGACAAGAUCGUCAUUGAAAAGCAGGGCAAAGGCACAGCUGAUGAAACAGGAAAAAGUGGGAAGCAAUCAAUUGCCAUUGAUGACUGCACCUUCCACCAGUGUGUGCGGCUCAGCAAGUUUGACUCUGAGCGCAGCAUCAGUUUCAUUCCACCAGAUGGCGAGUUUGAACUCAUGAGGUAUCGCACCACCAAGGACAUCAUCCUCCCUUUCCGGGUGAUCCCACUGGUGAGGGAAGUGGGGCGCACCAAACUGGAGGUCAAGGUGGUCAUCAAGUCCAAUUUCAAGCCCUCACUCCUAGCCCAGAAGAUUGAGGUGAGGAUCCCAACCCCACUGAACACGAGUGGGGUGCAGGUGAUCUGCAUGAAGGGGAAAGCCAAAUACAAGGCCAGCGAGAACGCCAUUGUGUGGAAGAUCAAGCGCAUGGCAGGCAUGAAGGAAUCGCAGAUCAGUGCAGAGAUUGAGCUACUGCCCACCAAUGACAAGAAGAAAUGGGCUCGACCUCCCAUUUCCAUGAACUUUGAGGUGCCAUUUGCACCUUCUGGCCUCAAGGUGCGCUACCUGAAGGUGUUUGAACCGAAGCUGAACUACAGUGACCACGAUGUCAUCAAAUGGGUGCGCUACAUUGGCCGCAGUGGCAUUUAUGAAACCCGCUGCUAGUUGCCUAGUGGCAGCUAACCCACCUGCCAGUUCCCCCUUUCCACAGGUCCAGCUGCCACCACACAUCAGUGUCUCCUCCCUCUGCUUUGCUGCCUUCCCUUUGCAUCAGCCCAAGUCUAGGUCUGGACCAACCACAUGACAGUGGGACUGGUGAAGCAGUCCCCACCCUAGGCUUCCUGGGCAGGGUGGUUUUGAGGGCUUUUGCUCUUCCAUCUGUUCUGACCUAGGGCCAGCCUCUGUAUUUUGUGACCAAACCCAGAUGGGCCUUGCUCCUCUCCACCCCUGUGGCCAUACUUCUGGAGUGAAAGGGUUGACUGCCCCUCACCUUGGAGUUCCCCCAGAGGCCAGUAAUGGAUCCCCAGCCCUCAUUCCCUUCUGCUGUGGGAUAGUGUGAGCUUUGUUUUGUACACGUGUGACUUCAUCCAGUGAAAAAUCCAAUAAACUCUGUAGAAUGGA